AUGGCAAGCCCUGAUGUAAAUGCACCCCCACCAAAGCUUGAGGGGAAGUAUGCUGCAAUGGUAGUGUGUUGGCUUCUUGGAAAUGGAUGCCUCUUUUCAUGGAACAGCAUGCUCACAAUUGUAGAUUACUAUGUUUACUUGUUCCCGCGGUACCAUCCCUCGAGGGUACUUACAGUGGUAUACCAGCCAUUCGCAGUUUUAACAAUCAUUGUACUGUCAUACCAUGAGGCAAAGAUCAAUACGAGGAAGCGAAACCUAUUAGGAUACAUUCUGUUUUUCUUAAGUUCUCUGUUGGUGCUAGUUUUGGAUUUAGCCACAUCCGGGAAAGGAGGUCUUGGAACUUUCAUCGGAAUUUGUGCAAUUAGCGCUGUCUUUGGAAUUGCAGAUGCUCAUGUACUAGGAGGAAUGGUUGGAGACCUCUCUUUCAUGCCAGUAGAGCUCAUCCAAUCUUUCCUUGCUGGUUUGGCUGCAUCAGGAGCUCUAACCUCUGCUUUGAGGUUGAUUACAAAGGCAGCAUUUGAGAAUUCCCAAAAUGGUCUUAGAAAGGGAGCCAUUUUGUUCUUUGCCAUCACUUCAUUCUUUGAGCUUCUCUGCAUUCUCCUCUACGCUUUUUCUUUUCCAAAACUGCCAAUUGUUAAGUACUAUCGCUCUAAGGCAGCUUCCGAAGGAUCUAAAACUGUUUCAGCUGACCUUGCCGCUGGUGGCAUCCAAACAUUGGCUGAAGCAACACAGGAUGAGGAGAAUCUUAGAGAAUGUGAUCGACUUGGAAACAAACAGUUGUUGCUUCAAAACAUUGAUUAUGCACUUGACAUGUUUCUAAUCUAUACACUCACUUUGUCAAUAUCCCCCGGAUUCUUAUCAGAGGACACUGGAUCUCACAGUUUGGGAACAUGGUAUGCACUUGUUUUGAUUGCACUGUACAAUGUGUGUGAUCUCAUCGGAAGAUACAUUCCGCUAGUGAAAUUCCUGAAGUUGGAAUCGCGGAGAGGGCUCAUGACCGUCAUUCUUUCGCGCUUCUUACUUGUCCCGUGUUUCUACUUCACAGCCAAGUAUGGUGACCAAGGCUGGAUGAUCAUGCUGACAUCCUUCUUAGGUUUAACCAAUGGUUACCUCACCGUCUGCGUCCUUACUUCAGCACCUAAGGGCUACAGGGGGCCGGAGCAAAAUGCUUUGGGAAAUCUUCUGGUGUUGUUCUUGCUUGGAGGUAUACUAGCAGGGGUGGUACUUGACUGGUUGUGGCUUAUAGGCAAGGGCUGGUAAAGGAUGGAUAUGGUAUUAGCUCACUUGAAGAUUGUGAUUUUUUUAAUGGUCAUGAUUUCCAGGAGAAAAUAUGCUGGAUUUAUGAUUCUUUUUUAUUGGUGAUUCAUUGAUUAAUGAGUAAGAAAACGAUAGAGUUUUUUUUUUUUCCUUUUUUUUUUUUUUUUAUCACAAGACAUUUUUAGGAAGGAUGGAAGUAAGUCAUUGCUUUUGUCUUGUAUUUUGGGACUAGUGAACUGUAAUACAUGUACAGUAAAAUUGUUUUUUGAGGAAAUUGGGAAUAAAAGGGAUUGGCUCCCACUUCACACUUCCCAAUUUUGUGACAUAAAAUUGAACUCGAUCAGUUAUAAAAUCUUUUGAUAUAUUUUUUUUGCAUGUCUAUUGUUAGUCAUUCUACACAAAUGAUAAAAAUAAUUGCGCUACUAAGGAUUAGUUAAGUUGAUAAGAAUUAUUUUCUUCGCUAGUUCAAGAUUUAAGUUUGAAUCUGAUCACUGACAAUAUCUCUUGGUAAGCGAUGAAAAUCA